AUGUCCACCCGCAAAAGAAACGAAUGGCUCGAAGCCGAUGAUGUCAGCGACGACGAUGACGCUGGCUACAACUCCGAAGCCGAGGAGCAAGGUCGGAGCCGCGCAGCAGCACUCGCUGGCCGCGCUUCCAAGCGGCGCAAGGUCGACGAGUCGGACGACGAAUCUAUCGAAGACGAGGACGAUGACGACUUCGACCCCUCCCUACUACGGAAAGCAGACGCCAAGAGUGUCCCCAAACCAACCGGACUCGCGGACGAAGAGGACAAUGCGCCCAACGACCGCAAAGACGAAGAAGCGGAUUUCGACAAAGAUGACGACGAUGGCAACGACGACCCCCUGAAACCUGCGCCGGCAUCCAAGAAACCACUCAGUGCGAAGAAGCUUGAGAAGGCUCAGAAGGCGGUCAAGAAAACGGGCGUCGUGUACCUGUCGCGCAUCCCGCCGUUCAUGAAGCCGGCCACGGUCAAGUCGCUGCUGAGCCAGCACGGCAAGAUUGGUCGCGUCUUCCUGACGCCCGAAGACUCGGCCGUGUACCGUCGCCGUAAGGCCGCCGGUGGCAACAAGAAGAAGUCGUACGUCGACGGUUGGGUUGAGUUCAUGGACAAGAAGGAUGCCAAGACCUGCGUCCAGCUGCUCAAUGCCAAGAUCGUAGGUGGCAAGAAGGGUGGCUAUUACUACGAUGAUGUAUGGAAUAUGCGGUACUUGACCGGUUUCAAAUGGCACCAUUUGACGGAGCAGAUUGCAAACGAGAACGCAGAACGCGCGAGCAGGAUGAGAGCGGAGAUCUCGAGGAGUACAAGGGAGAACAAGGAGUUUAUCCAGAACGUUGAGAGGGCGAAAAUGCUGGAGGGCAUGGCGGCAAAGAAGAAGAGUAAAAGCGCAGGAAAUGAGAGUGCAGCGACGCCUGCGCCUGAUGCAAAGGAGGUCAGGAGGCAGUUCAAGCAGGCGGAGGUCAAGUCGAAGAAAACAAGGAAUGUGCCCGAGCAGCCAGAAGAGGUCAAGAGGGUGUUGUCAAAGAUCUUCUAA